AACCAGAAAUACAGUUUAUUUUGAUUAUAAACUCCGUGUUUAUAACGUCGACUAAUUUGACUCAGCAAACGUUAAUGCUGAUGUUGUAAUUCAAGGGCAUUCGUAAAUGUAAUCGAGUUAAACCACGAACCCAAUGACGUAGGUCUACCUGUCCGUUUCCUUGGAAACAGGUUGUUUUCUCCUGCUGGACAGACAGGUAACUUCGGUAGGUUUUAUACAUAAUUGAAGCAACCCAACGUGUAGGUGUUAUUGUUGCCUUACAUUGUGGGUAAGUGCAUCAUAUCAGUGAAUGAAUUAUAUCAUGGCAAUAACGAUUGUUAUUGUGAUAGUUGUAUGAUCUUUACCUGACUAGGUACCUGACUAGACUUUAUAUAUACAUAUAUAUGUAUGUAUAAACAUAAAGUUAUUUAUAACUAUAGCUUUGAGCUUAUGCAGGCUGCUGUAGUGUUUUUGUUGUUUUUAAAAUGAAAAUUGUCAUUUGUUGGCUCAAGUUGAAUUUCUCAUGACGGCACUGUCCUCCUAUAGGCGAGUGACAAUUCUACAGGUGUGAAAAUGAAUGGCGCUCCAGUGGAUUUAUCUUUUAAACAUAUCAGCAAUUUGACAGAUGCCUGGUCAGUAGAACCCACGAGAGGCCUGCGGCCUUUAAAGAGAAAUUCAGAGAUGAAAUACAACAGUCACUCCCUGCGUCUCAAUAACAACAACAUUGUUGACCUUGAUAAACUCCAGAUGACCAUCAACCACUUCUUGGCUGAGCCUUCACAGCUCGCCUGGCUCGACCUUUCAUUCAACAAAAUCACACACAUUGACCAUGUUCUGUGUGAGCUGCACGAGCUUCGUGUGUUGUAUCUUCAUGGUAACAGCAUUUUUAUUCUGUCAGAGGUGGACAAAUUGGGAGUGUUGCCAUAUCUACACACCAUCACUCUACACGGAAAUGCCAUAGAGGCCAACAAAUCUUACAGGAAACGUGUGAUUUCUGCUCUUCCUCGGUUAAAGACAAUGGACUUCAGUGCUGUGACACAGCAAGAGAGAGUCAUGGCAAACAUCUGGUAUCACAACAACAACCACAGGAGAAACAGCCUCGACACACUACAGUGACUGCUGGCUCAUCUGCAUCUUGUGGUGUGUUGAAAUAAUAGUCUCAUUCAAAUGACCUGUGUCCUUCAUUGACCACUGAAAAACUGAAUAUUUCGCAUGUAUUUCUAUAUGGUGUUUAUCUGCUGAAAUACACCUUAGUCCAAAAAGAAGUCCGCAUUUGAUCUAUCCAGAAGAAUCAGUGACUAUGUUUACAUUGACAGUAUUCUCUUCUUAUUAUGUACAACAUCAUAUGAAUCAUGUUUACAUUAAAAAUAGUGCAGUAAAAACAAAUUCAACAUCA